CUAUUCUUGUCUUCAUCCUUCACACGCACAUAUUAAAACCCCAUAAUUCCAUAUUGCAUACAAAUUCCAUUUCCAAAACCCCUCCCACGACCAACCCCCGGCCUCUUCUCAUAUAUCCUCCAUAUAUAAAAAGUUCAUAAACAAAAUGAGCGACAAAUUAGUCCAAAAAGCCAUCGACAGUCUAGGAAAAGGCUUUGAUUUAACAUCGGAUUUUCGGUUAAAGUAUUGCAAAGGAAAUGAACGUUUAGUCGUGCUUAAUGAUUAUGAAAGCGAGCUUCUCGUGCCAGGUUUUGGAUCGUUUAAAGGUGUAUCCCCUGAUAUCAAAUGUGAUAAAGGUGAUCGUGUUAGGUUCCAAUCCGAUAUUCUAGAUUUUAAUCAAAUGUCUGAAUUUUUCAACAACAAGUGUUCAGUGCCCGGGAAAAUCCCUAAUGGUUUUUUUAAUGCCAUGUUUGGGUUACAAAGUGGUUCAUGGGCUAGUGAUGUGGCUAACACGAAAUAUUUAGGAUUGGAUGGUUAUUUCAUUGUGUUGUUUAAUGUUCAUCUCGAUCGAUAUCCAUUAAUUCUUUCGGAUGAAGUCCGCAACUCCGUACCAUCGACUUGGGAUCCACCUGCUCUUGCAAGGUUUAUAGAAAAAUAUGGCACUCACAUAAUAGUAGGAAUAAGCAUAGGGGGACAAGAUGUAAUAUUGAUGAAGCAAAGUAAAUCAUCUCAUUUGGAGCCUUCACAACUCAAAAACCACUUGGAAGACCUUGGAGAUCAAUUGUUCAAUGGAUCAUGUACUUUUUCACCUCAUAAACUCAAAACCAAGACCCCUUCAGCGUUCAGUACGAUGUUUGAUCUAGAACCAAUGACCUUCAAUGGCUUCUCUUCUACCACUCCGAAGGAUGGUUUAAGUGUAAUGUGUUCGAAAAGAGGAGGUGAUCUCACUUCGACUACACAUUGUGAAUGGUUAUUAACGGUACCAUCGAUGCCCGAUGCCAUAAGCUUCGACUUCAUCCCAAUUACAUCCCUCCUUCCUGGUGUUCCGGGAAAGGGCUUCUUAUCGCACGCCAUCAACUUAUACCUUCGAUAUAAGCCACCUAUUGGAGAAUUACAAUAUUUCUUGGACUUUCAAGCCCAUAAAAUGUGGGCACCAGUUCACAAUGACCUUUCAUUAGGCCCAAUAACAAAUAGGGCCAUGAAAAACCCAGCCUUGAUUUUCAACUUGUUGGGACCUAAGCUCUAUGUAAACACAACUCAGGUAUCAGUAUCAAAGAAACCUGUAACAGGAAUGAGACUAUACCUUGAGGGCAUGAAAUGCAAUAGGCUAGCAAUACACCUCCAACAUGUAUCGGAAACACCUGUUUUAUAUCGAGAUAGAAUAAGUGAAGCUCUAAAUUGGCGUGGAUCAGAAGAAAACACUAAUCCACGCUUUUAUGAACCAAUUCAAUGGAAAAAGUUCUCCCAUGUAUCAACAACCCCAGUCAAGUAUAAUCCCGAAUGGGUUGUACCAGGACAAGAUGCCACAUACAUUGUUACGGGAGCUCAACUUCAUGUUAAAAAGCACGAUUCCAAGAGUAUAUUGCAUCUUAGGUUAUUGUAUUCUAGAGUCUCGAACUCAUGCGUUGUUCAAUCAUCAUGGACUAUAGGCCCAGUCAACCAAUCCCACAAAUCGAGCUUUAUCUCAGCAAUAAGUACAAGUUUGUCUGGAAACCAAGAAAAAGAUCAAUUAAAGUCAUCGGAUGUGGUGGUAGAUUCGGGUAUAUAUCCAAAGGGGCCACCGGUUGAGGUACCAACGCCAAAGCUUUUGAAGAUUGUUGAUAUGACACAGAUAUGUAAAGGACCAAGGGACAAUCCUGGACAUUGGUUAGUCACUGGUGCAAAACUUGAUAUGGAUAAGGGAAAAAUACGCCUUCUUGUCAAGUUUUCAUUAUUGAAUAUGUUGAAUUGAAAAAUAUAGAGAAGUUUGUACAAAGAUGGAUAUGAAGUGAGUUUGUGAGUUUUGCCAUCAUUGUUUUAUCUAGUUUCAUUAUGUACCUGCAAGGGUACAUAAAAAUGUGCAGUUAUGUAUAUAUCAGAAGCACCAAGUAUAAUGAAGAAACCCUAUAUUCUUUUCUUUUUUAAAAA